GAAGUCUGACACGCGUUUUCCUUCAGUACAAACAAAUCAUUCAAUUUUAACUCGACAGAAGAAGCAAUAUUUUCAAAAAUUAAUAUUUUGUCAGUGAGUUUUACACAAAGAACAAAAUGCAAAUCAAAUUUUUAAAGAAUAUAUUAGAAGCUGAGAACAGCGAAUAUAAAAUUGUCGCAGUUACGUGGUCACCAAAUAAUAAAAAGCUUGCUGUAGCUACAUCAGAGCGUCAGGUCCUGAUAUUUGACGAUGAUGGCGAAAAACGUGACCGAUUUUCAACAAAACCGGCCGAUUCAGAAGCCGGCAAAAAGAGCUACGUCAUCAAAUCAAUUGCGUUCUCACCAGAUUCGUCUAAAAUCGCCGUGGCACAAAGCGACAGUAUUGUAUAUGUUUAUAAAAUCGGCGAAAAAUGGGGUGAAAAGAAGGCAAUCUGUAAUAAAUUCCCGCAACCAUGUCCAGUAACAGCAAUGAUUUGGUUAUUAACCGGACCGAUAAUCUGUGGCCUCCUAGACGGAAAAGUCCGUUUACUACAAACCAAGUCCAAUAAAAGUCACACCCUCUACGGCAGCGAUAGUUUGGUAGUAGCUUUAGCCUCGAAUGCAACCGGAAGCGGCUUCGUUUCGGGUCACAUCGAUUGCAGCGUCAUUCGCUUUUAUGUCGGCGAACAUGAUGACGAUGAACCGCAGGGACGAUUAUUUACUCAUUCGGUACCACCGUACGCCCUCUCUUGGCCGCAGGGGUUCGUAUUCGCCGGCGGGAGCGAUAAACGUAUUGUUGUGUACAACAACAAUGGCCGCAUCGCGAAACAAUUCGACUAUACCAAGGAUCAAAAUGAGAAUGAAUUCAUGGUUGCUUGUUGUAGUCCGAGCGGACAGGCUGUGGCCGUUGGCGGAUAUGACAAAGUCCGUGUAUUCGCUUGGAAUCCAUCAUUAUCCAUGUGGGAAGAAUCUCCACCGAAAACAAUCCCAAACAUGUAUUCAGUAACGUCAUUAUCAUGGAAAAAAGAUGGUUCCCGUAUUGCGUGCGGUACACAUGGAGGUUAUGUAUGUCUAUUUGAAUCAGUACUCAAGCGUACAAUCUGGAAAGAUAAACUUGAAAUAACCUACGUGGGGCCCAGUCAAGUAUUAAUUAAAAACCUUGAUAACGAUAGUGCAGGUUUAAUCCUCCGAUCGGACUACGGUAAAGAAAUCGAAGAUUUGAAGGUUAUGGGGCGUGACAAUUUUGUAGUCGCCCGCACACAUGGCACCUUAUUGGUUGCGGACAUCGAUAAAAACCUGAUGAGUGAAGUUUCCUGGAAUAACUCCGGCAAACACGAAAAGUUUUAUUUCGAGAAUCCGAAUGUAUGUCUGGUAUUCAACGCGGGCGAAUUGUCUCUGAUUGAAUACGGUGAUAAUACCGUGCUCGCAUCCGUGCGGACUGAAUUCGCCAAUCCGCAUCUAAUCAGCGUGCGUUUGAAUGAACGCUCGCAGACUGACAAUAAAAAAUUGGCGUAUUUACUGGAUCUGAAAACAAUCUGUAUAACAGACCUCAUAUACAAUAUGGGUAUAUCUCAAAUUAGUCACGAAUCGAAAAUUGAUUGGUUGGAAUUAUCGGAGACAUGUCACAAAUUGUUGUUUAGAGAUAUCAAGCAGAGAUUAUUUUUGGUUGAGGUUAUGACCGGAAAUCGGCUUUGUAUAUUCAGCGGGGUGACUUUUGUUCAAUGGGUGGAAAGUUCGGACGUUGCCAUCGCUCAAUCGGGAACUACUCUUGCGAUUUGGUACAAUAUUGACCUACCUGAACGUCCUACAAUCAUGAAUAUCAAGGGUGAAGUUUAUGAAGUGGCUAGAUUCAACAACAAAACGGAAGUGUUUGCACUCGAUGGCAAUGUUAACCUAACUUUUGAGCUGGAUGAAGGUUUAGUUGAGUUUGGUACUGCAAUUCAUGAUAGUGACUAUGGACGAGCUGUGCUUUUCCUUGAAACCAUUGGGAAUGCACCGGAAGCGGAAGCUAUGUGGUUCAAUCUGUCAAAUAUAGCUAUCAAACAACAAAAUUUAAAACUACUUGAUCGUUGCUAUGCAGCACUUGGUAAUAUUUCCAAAGUUUAUUGUAUUAAACAAAUCGAAGAUGAAUUAUUGAAAGAUGAAGACAACCAGGAAGUCUGGGCACAGUUGAGUAUACUCAACGGAGACUUAGAAACAGCAGAGGGGAUUUAUUUAGAGCAUGGUAACCUAGAAGCUACAUUAGACAUGUACAAAAAGUUGCAUAAGUGGAAUGAAGCUAUUGAAACCGCUGAAAAACGAGGUUAUGAAAAAUUACCAGAACUUAAAGAAGAAUAUAUGAAUUUAUUACUAAAAACCCAACAGUUUGAAAAAGCGGGACAAAUUUUAGAAGCAGAAGGAAAGUAUGAACGCGCACUGACAAUGUAUGACAAGUCUAACAAACUAUCACGAAUUACUAAUUUAUUACUAAACCAUGAUGACUUAAUGGAAGAUCAUACUUUAGUCACAAAUAUUUUAAAGAAACUAAUAAAACAGGAGUUAUUCGAGCAAGCAGCUGAGAUUUACGUGAAACAAAACAAAACAGAACAAGCAAUGGAAUGUUACAGAAAAGGUAAAAUCUGGAAUAAAGCAGUUGACAUGGCGCGUGUAAUCGACCCAGAACAAGUUGUCUUAUUAGAAGAAGAAUGGGGUGAUCAUCUUGUUGAAUCAAAACAAACAGACGCUGCGAUAAGUCACUACAUCGAAGCAGGUUCAACUCUAAAAGCUCUCGAUGCUUCAAUUGCAGCACGACAAUGGAAGAAAGCAAUACACAUUAUCAACGUUGUUGAUGAUCAUGACUCUCAUCACUUACAGAAGUAUUACUCUCAACUUGGACUACACCUGGCAAAACAACGUGAUUACACCUCAGCGGAACAAAUGUUUAUCAAAGCACGAAUGUAUAAAGAAGCAGUUGACAUGUACAACGAAGCCGGGCAAUGGGAAAAAGCCCACAUAAUCGCAUCAAGAUAUUUAGACCCGGAUGAUGUGGGCGAUAUGUAUUUAAAACAAGCGGAAAAGCUGAAACAAGACGGGAAAUACCGCGAGGCUGAAAAGUUGUAUCUGGCUGUCAACUCACCGGAUCUUGCGAUUACAAUGUACAAACACGCGGAACAAUAUGAUCAUAUGAUAAGACUCGUUGAACAAUUUCAUCCGGAGUUGUUAUCUACGACGCACAUGCAUCUCGCGCAGCAGAUGGAAACUCAAGGCAAACAUCGCGCUGCCGAAGUGCAUUAUCUUGCUACGAAUGAAUGGAAAGCAGCGAUGAAUAUGUAUAGAACUAUUAAUAUGUGGGAGGAAGCUUACCGUGUAGCGAAACAAAAUGGCGGCGCGACAGCUGCUAAUCAAGUUGCGUUCCUCUGGGCGCGGACAUUACCCAUAGAUUCAGCUAUUAAACUACUCACUAAGUUUGGAAUUUUAGAAUCGUGCAUUGAUUAUGCAUGCGAGACUUUUCAAUAUGACUUCGCGUUUCAGUUGUGUAAAAAUUUACCAUCGAAGAAAAUUGAUGUGCAUUACAACUACGCGAUGGCGCUGGAAGAUGAUGGGAAAUUCAACGAAGCCGAAACUGAGUUUAUCCUCGCUGGAAAACCAAAAGAAGCUGUGUUAAUGUACACGCAUGCAAACGACUGGCAGAGUGCAAUUCGUAUUGCGGAAACACACGAACCACAUUCGGUUGUUGAUGUGUUGAAAGCGCAGGCGUUGCAAUGUUUCCAGGAGAAAAACUACACUGAGUUUGAAUCGUUGAUGUUACGCGCACAGAGUCCGGAAAUGAUUAUACAAAACUAUAAGAAAGCUGAAUUAUGGUCGGAUGCUUUGAGGGUGUGUAAGGAUUAUACUCCGCAUUUAUUACCAAGCCUUCAAACAGAGUAUAAUGCGAUUAAAAGAGCCACCGGUGGCGCGGAUAUGAGCAUGGAAAUGAUUUUAUCGCGUGCUAAUGAAUUGGCUAUGUCCGGGCAGCAUAAACAAUCAGUUGAAUGUUUACUGCAAGUUGAUACGAGUUUUGCUGACGAGGAUAUUGUGAGGAGAGCGUUAUUACGCGCGGCUGAUAUGAUAAACAAGUUUUUGUUUGGGAAUGAAGCUGAGGAUGUUAUAAAAGAAUUAGCACCAAGAUUAAGGGAUUUAUCAGAACACACAGCUGCAGCACAGUUGUAUAUAAGUGCUGACAUGAUAAAAGAAGCUAUUGAUUGUUUUAUACUGGCUGAUGAUUGGAAAAACGCUCGAAAAGUUGCUAAAGAAUUAGAUCCGAGUCUUUUGGGUUAUAUCGAGAGUUGUAACAAGGAUCAACUUGCAAAAGAUGGCAAUAUUGAGCAAUUGGCUGAUGUUGAUAUAAUGGGAGCAUUGGAUUUGUUAGCAGAGCAAGGACAAUGGAUUCGUUGUAUAGAGAAAGCUAAAACCUAUGGUGGUAAUGUUUUGCAUAAAUAUGUUGCAAUGUAUGCUUCACAGUUGCUGAAAGACGGUUUUACAAUGGAGGCACUACAGUUGUUCCUGUCUUAUACAACACCGGUGAUUGCAAGUAAUUUUAAUAUUUACAAUCGGAUUGCGUUCAAUGUGAUUGCGAUGCCGAAUAUGUCCGAAGCGGAUAGUUACUAUCAAUGGUCACAAUUAAGACAAAUGCUACUUGAUUUGGUUAAUGGCUUGGACAUUACCCCAAACAUCGACAUGAAAAUCAAAAUACAUUUCCAAACGCUCCUCUUAAUUGUGCAUUACUACGCUGUGCGUUGCGUUUGUCGACAAGUGCAAGUAUUAAAAAACAUCGGAACGAAAAUAUCCGUCGCACUUUUGCGUUACACAGAUAUCAUACCAGCCGAUAAAGGAUUCUACGAAGCUGGUUUGGAUUUACGAGCAGAAGGACGAAAUUCCGAAGCCUUCGUAUUCCUCAAUCACUAUCUAGACAUCUGCGAAGCGAUUGAAGAUGAAGAAUCCCAGUUGAUCGAUCACACGGACCUGAGCCAAACGGAUUUCCCCUCAAACAUUCCAAUCCCCGAGCAGUUAUAUCUCAACGAUGAUAAGGACGAACACGAUCGUGUGCGUGAAUGGGUGUUGGCAAUUAGCAUGGAUCAAAAAGUCGAUCAGGAGUUACCGAUGGAUGACAGGAUGAUGUAUGAAUCCAGCUUGGAAAGCGGAAAAAACGCAUGCAUUGUGUCCGGUUAUCCUCUACGUGCACCUCUGGUGUCUUUCGUGCACUCAGAACAGGCGGCUAACAAAGAUGUCUGGACGAAGCUCAACAUGGCGGCGAAAAUGUAUCCCGAGACAAACGUCUCCGAUUUAUUGUCAUUUAUUAAUCAAUGGUGCGGAGCAGCGGCCGCAUUAUAA